AUGUCUCUCAAAUUAUGUUCAAAUUCUUCUCCUCCGUGGCAAGUUCUUGUUCUUGUUGCAAAUCAUCUUGACCCAAAAACCAUAGCCAUAGCCUCGUGUGUGUGCAAAUCAUGGUCCAUUUCCAUGUCGUCGGACCACCUAUGGCAACCCAUUUGCGCCGCCCAGUACCCUUCUCUCUCCAACCUCCACGCCUCCGCCAAUGCCGCAGUGUCAUACAGCAAGUUAUACGCCUUAGGGUACAUGUCUGAAAAACGCAGGGUCCAAAAGCCUCUCAAGCCCCAUCUUUCUUUACAAGAUAUAUUCUUUGCUAUUGAUAUUAACGACAAGCGUUCGUGCAUUGCUACAAUUAUUAAGCCUGGUGGUGAACUCGAGGUCGACAAGAAUGGCGUUUUCCGGUUCGAUAUCGACGUCGAGAGUGAUAAAUUGGUGGCGUUCGACACGACGGAUAAUUUGAGAAUUACGUGGAAUGUGGUUAUGAAGGGGUUUGAGAGUGUGUUUACUAUGAUGGAAUGUAAAGGGAAAGGGAACUUUGUUUUGGGGUUGCAAGGGUGGUUUUCGAAGGAGCUGCCGCUGCCGGGGUGUUGCUUGAGCGGCGGCGCUAGUGGACUGGUGGCCGACUUGAGGUUGGGCUUGAGAAUAAGUGGUGGCAAAGUGGUGGUGGAGAAAAUGAGUGUAGGUGUUUUGAGUGUAGUGAGUUGGAGAUAUGUUUGGGUAGAUGAUGUUCUUAGGUAUUUGCAGCAUUUUCUUUUGCCCUAA